AAGACAUUUAGGUGAUAGUGUCACGGGAUGCAAUUCAGCAACUAGCAUAGAUACACUAAUGAACGGUCACCGGUAACAGUGGUAUACAGUCAGUGGUCGUUUGGGAUGAAGCAGGCAAAUCUCUGUCCAUGCACUACUGGCGAAAACAUGACCAAUAGACUGACACGCCAACACCAAAGAGUGGGAAAGAACAUUGGCACGCAGGUUAUUUCUGGGCUUCCAACUUUUUGCCCUGAAAUGUGGCUAGAAGAUCGGCAUGGCGUUGAACUACGCAAUCACACUACAGGCAAAGUUUUUGUCGACAAACUAUUUCUCAAAAACAUUUGCGAAGGGCCAUGCUCCGAACAAGAAGUUUGCGCCAGCAGCCGAAUGGUCUCCCGGCAAGUCCCUGAUAAUUAUAAACGGCCAAAAGAAAAAGUUUUGCAACAAGCAAAGGAGUUCCUUGAUGGAUUCUUUCGCAAUUCAAAAAAAUUUGGCUCCGAGGAACAUAUCAGCCGAUUGCUUGAAGUUCAUAAAGACAUCGAGGAUACAAGUAGGUAUCACUUGACGUACGAUGAGCUGGUGUACGGAUGUGGUAUGGCUUGGCGCAAUGCUCCACGCUGUGUCGCAAGGGUACAAUGGUCAACGUUGAAGGUUUUCGAUGCUCGACAUGUACAGACAGCUCAAGAAAUGUUCCACAGCAUUAUCGAACACAUCAAUUACGCAACAAAUCAAGGUCGUUUACGCUCAGUUAUAACCGUCUUCCCGCCCCGCACUGACGGCCAGUCCGAUUUUCGUGUCUGGAACAGCCAAUUGAUCAGCUAUGCUGGUUACCGAAAUCCGGAUGGAACAAUAAAAGGAGACCCUUCUAAUGUCCAAUUCACCGAGCUUUGCCUUUCUUUGGGAUGGCAGAUAGAACAGACAACUCGUUUCGAUAUUCUUCCACUUGUUCUACAAGCUAAAGGACUGCCACCCGAAAUAUUUGUCAUUCCAGACGACGUGGUACUUCAAAUUCCUCUUGCACAUCCAUCGGGGAGGGAAGGAGUUUUUUGUGAUCCGCAACGCUACGACAUAUCCGAGACAGUAGCUAGUAAAAUGGAACUGGACACGAGUAGUCACACAACACUUUGGAAAGACACGGUUUUACUGGAGGUGAAUAAAGCGGUGCUCUACAGUUACCAAAUGGGGGUAAACGCCAAUAUGUCGUCGUCGAUUUCGCCACUGUUUGACUGCAGGAAAUGGAUUCAACAUUUCCCGAAACCAUCUUUCGAAUAUCAAACGGCGGCAUGGUCCAAUACCCCCAAAAAGUUGGCGGUAAAACAGAUUGCAAAACGUACACCAAAGUUUAGAGCAGUAAUGAUAGCUGUCCGGCUCUGCAGUUACCUGUAUCAUUCCCGUUGGUUAAAACGACCUAAAGUGGUUCUGCUAUUUGCUUCACAAUCUGGAAAAGCAGAAAAUUUUGCAACAAAAGCAUUCGUCAAGUUCAAGUCUCUUUUCCAAGCUAAGCUGUACUGCAUGGCUGACUACGAUAUUAACCAGUUGCAAGACCAGCACGCUACGAUUGCAAUAGUUUCUACCUUCGGAGACGGAGAGGCCCCUAGCAACGGGGAUGAAUUCAAAAAGAGCUUGGUUAAAAUUAAAGAAGAAAACUCAAAAAUCCGAUUCGUUAACAAAUCCUCUUGCUUUGCUGUUCUAGGUCUGGGUUCAACAGCUUAUCCAAACUUUUGUGCUUUCGGGAAAUUUGUCGAUAAUAUAUUUCAAGAACUGGGUGGCACCCGCUUGUUGGCACUCAACUGCGCUGACGAACUAAAUAACCAAGAAAAAGCUUUCCAAACCUGGCUGUUAGAUGUCACGAAUGAGUUAUGCAAACAAUAUCUUAUACGAGUUGAUAACAGCAAUUUCGUAAACAAGGGAUCCUCCUUUGAUCAGCUGAAUACCGUGUCUGCGCGUUUUUCCGUCAUCGAAGGGGGAAAAGAAGACGUUUUACAGGUUCUCUCUGAUGUCCAUCACAAAGAGGUAUCACUUGCUCGAGUUUCGGGAAAGAGCAUAAUCGGAGAUUCCGGCUCAAGUGAGGGGCACGCUACCAUUUUUCUUCAGUUGAACACAUUUAACUCCGAAAAUCUCAAGUAUAAACCUGGAGACCAUUUAGCCGUCUUUCCUCGGAACAACCAAGAUAUCAUCCAACGAUUUACUCUACGUCUUAAAAACUGUCCUGCCACUCGAUCACUGAUUCAACUUCAAGUUCAAAACCCCAAUCAAAAAUGGCAAAAUUGGAAGAAAAUUGCACCGUGUACGUUCGAAACUCUGCUCUCUCGAUUCGUGGACUUGACCGGUUCCCCUUCUCAAGAUACACUCCGGCUUUUGGCUUCUUCAGUCAUUGAUCAAACUGAAAAAGCACAACUUAACAUUUUGGCCGAGGAUUCCGCAUCUUACAAACAAUGGGUGUCUUUGGGUUACGCCAAUAUAGUGGAUGUCUUGGAGGAUUUUUCUUCCGUUCGUGUUGACGCAGCCGCUUUGAUCAGCAUUCUUCCCGUUCUACAGCCCCGUUUUUACAGCAUUUCUUCCUCGGCAGCCAUUGUACCGACUGAAAUUCAUCUUACAGCAAGCGUUGUUCGUUGCCUAACGCUGGAUGGGGAAGGACGUGUUUUUAAAGGACUGUGCACUUCAUACCUGGAAGAAAUCCGUCGUGGAGAUUUCGUAGCGUGCUAUUUCAAAUCCAACCCUUCAUUUCAUCUGCCUCUCUAUCCUUCCAAACCAAUGAUUUGGAUCGCUGCUGGUAGCGGGAUUGCUCCUUUUAGAGGAUUCUGGCAACAACGAUGCUUUGAAAAGGGCGUUCCAUUUCACAGCACAUUCACCACAAAAGUAUGGGGAAAAUUCUGGAAGCCCAACAUUCAACAUCAAGCCAGCAAUCGGUAUGGUUCCAUUUACUUGUAUUACGGAUGCAAAGAAAAAGCUCUGCAACCAUUUUCCAGUGAGAUGGAUGCAAUGAUACACCACAAGAUAAUCAGCAGAACUUUUUUUGCGUUUUCCAGGGAAAAAGGAAAGAGCAAGUGCUACGUGCAAGACUUGCUCUGGAAAGACGGCCCACGUGUUUCCGCGCAAAUUUUGAACGAGGGAGCUUACGUAUACGUUUGUGGAAGGUUAGCGAUGGCCGCUCAAGUGGAGAAAACCAUAAUUAAAAUUAUUUGUCAAUACGGCAAUAUAAACCAGGAUGAAGCCGAAAUGGUCUUUAAAAAUCUUAAAGCGGAGGGUCGCUACAAGACUGAUGUAUUCGGAGCAAGCUAAGGUGCCACGGACCACCAAGGCUAGUAGGCCUACACUAUGUAAAUAAAAUGCUUUUAAAAUUU